AUGUCUACCGAUAAGAAGUCUACCGAUAAGAUCUCUGUCCUUCUCAACUGGCAUGCCACCCCUUACCAUUUGCCCAUCUUUGUGGCACAAUCUAAAGGUUACUUCGCCAAGGAAGGAAUCCAAGUAGCUAUCCUCGAACCAAAUGACCCAUCCGACGUCACCGAGCUCAUCGGUUCCGGUAAAGCAGACCUGGGAUGCAAAGCUAUGAUCCACACUCUCGCUGGUAAAGCCAGAGGUUUCCCGAUCAAGAGUAUUGGCACCUUGAUGGAUGAGCCGUUCACCGGCGUAAUCUACUUGGAGGGCUCUGGGAUCACUUCGGACUUCAGAUCCCUCAAGGGUAAGCGGAUCGGUUACGUGGGUGAAUUUGGCAAGAUUCAAAUCGAUGAAUUGACCAAGUACUACGGCAUGACCUCCAAGGACUACACUGCUGUCAGAUGUGGUAUGAAUGUCUCCAAGGGUAUCAUCGAGGGUACGAUUGACGCCGGUAUUGGUCUAGAGAACAUUCAACAAGUUGAAUUAGAAGAAUGGUGCAAGGCCAACGGCCGACCUGCCAGCGAUGUCAAAAUGUUACGGAUCGAUGAGCUGGCUGAACUCGGCUGCUGUUGCUUCUGCUCAAUCUUAUACAUCGUACGUGUCUUACUAGGUGGUGCACCGAGUACUGCAAAUGAAGAUUGGUUGAAGGCCCACCCUAAAGAAGCCGGUGCCUUCAUGAGGGCCGUUAAAGCAGGUGCCGACGAUAUGUUUGCCGAUCCCCGUGGCAGCUGGGCCGAAUACUGCAAAGUCAAGCCAGCGAUGAACACCCCAUUGAACCGCUUGAUGUUUGAUCGCAGCUUCAACUACAUGAGCCAAGACUUGUGCAACGUCUCCAGGGACUGGAACAAAGUGACCAACUAUUCCAAGCGUCUUGGUAUCGUCCCCGCCGACUUUGUUGCCAACUACACCAACGAGUUUGUCCAAUGGGAAGUCGCUCCCGAGGGAGGUGAGGCCGAAGGGCUCGCAAAACAACAAGAGAUGAAAGCCUUGCAAGCCCAUGUGGCCCAACACGGAGGUGUUCUCCAAGCCACGGUCGCAUAA